UCAGACCUUACAGUAUAAAUAAGAAAGCCAAAGAGCCCAGUUAGUCCCCUUGAGAACACCUUUUUUUAAAAACUCGGAUGUACUCAAGAAAGACUACACAUAAGCCACUCAAGGAACAAUCACUUUUAAACAAAUAUUUGGCAUUCAAUUAACCCACCUCCUUCCUGUGAGAUCCAGCUCAAGGGUACCACUUGCUGCGAGUCUCCCGAGCGCGGUCAUGAGUGCACUCCUGCCGGCGUGGACUUGUCUGCUGCUCGGCUUCCUGCCCCUGGAGAUUCAGACUCGGACUUUCAUCCAUCAGAACCUCAGUACCAGAUACAGGUCACACAAAUCUUCUAAAUUCAUGACGCCUUCUUACACCACCAUGACAAUGGCUACAUUGGAUCAUUCUGUUUCCCUGGACGACCCCAUCACCCUGGCAGACAGACGCUACCGCUGGAGGGCCCUACUAAAAACAGAGCCCCCGCUGAGGCUGUCUAAACUGUUGCUCCAUCAGGAAGCGCUGUCAUCGGCCCGAAAGGGUAGGUUACGAGGUCGUCGCCACACCAACAAAGGGGCCCGAAGGGGACAGCUGAUGAGGGUCGGGUGCGUCCUGGGGACAUGUCAGGUUCAGAACCUGAGCCACCGCCUCUACCAGCUGAUUGGACAGAGUGGGAGGGCAGACUCCUCCCCCAUCAAUCCUCGCAGCCCUCACAGCUAUGGCUAAGACUUUAGUGUUACAGGCUCACUACUUGGAUUUUAUUUAUCAGUACAUCAUAGAAGUGUGCUCUAACUAAUUUGCUUGUUGUUCGGUUUUUGUUGACAGGGCACUUUUUGUUGUUAUUUUCACAAUGAUUACAUAAUUUUAAUGAGUAAUUCGACAUGACAAGAUAUGUGUCUACAAUUUUGCCUUUAGUAUAUAAGCAUAGAAUAUGUACCUCGCAAACCAAGGCCAAACUCAUUUGUUCCUAACAUUACAAUGUUAUUGUUCUAAUCCAAUCCUGUAGUAACGCACAUCAGCGGCCUGCACACCUUCAAGUCCACCGUAAAACACAUUUUCCAUUUAAAAAAUAAUAAAUAUUUUAGAAUUCUAGAUUUUUUCUUAAUAAUAGAGGCAAACCUCGGUUUUCAUACACCCUCAGUUUACGUCAAAAUAUUCUCGGUUUACAUACAAAAUUGUACAUAAACAAACCAGUUUUCCCUGUACUGUAUCGUUCCACAACAUCAAGUGCCCUAACUCAUUGUCUGUGCAUUUUUGAUUGAUUGUGACUGCUAAAUAACCCACCAUGGGGCCCAAAUAGUCUUGCAAGUGCCAGCAAUUUGAUAAUCAAGGUGAAAAACACUCGGUGAAUUCAGUUUCAUCAGGAUGUAUGGGAAGUCCGCAUCAACAAGUUCUAUUCAAGUCAUAGACUUUAGACAGUGGUGUGAAAAACUGUUUGCCCGAUUCCCGAUUUUUUCUUGCAGUUAAAUGUUUUAGAUCAUCAAACAAAGUUAAAUAUGAGUCAAUGACAACACAACUGAACACAAAAUGCAUUUUUUUAAAUGAAAACUUCUAUUAUUAAGGGAGAAAAGAAAUCUAAAUCUACAUGGCCCUGUGUGAACCCUCCAAUGUGGCAACAAUUCUGCAAAGUUGAGUGGGCCAAAAAACAAACAGUGCUGGAAGAGAGUCAUUGCAGGUUAGCACAAAUUGUUAUAUAUUAGGUACACAGGGCAAUCGCCUUUUCACACUGGGCCAUGUAGGUUUGGAUUGAUUAAUUGAUUAAUAAUGAAAACCAAGGUGCUACUGUACUUUCAUACUGUACUUUUCAUGAUAUUACACAUUGUCAUUGUUAGAAAUCAUGAUGAUGUGAACAUACCUGGGCUCUCAGUUCAUCCUUCCUGCGUCUGUCAAGGCUUCAGACACACACUAAUCACCUGGGCAACAACAAUCAGACAGAAUAAUUGUCCUCACACUUGCAGCCAGAAUGGAAGUAUGAAAUGGAAGUUAAGUGGAUAUUUACACAUCAUUUAUGCAUAUGAGUCAGUGUACAAUUGUCGUUGUCCGCAGUGGAAUGAAGCCUUGCUUUAAUUUAUCAUUUGCCAUGCUCAAUAAUUGCCUUUAUUCUGUUUUAGUGGACUCAUGACGUCAACCUUGACAAGGAUAUUAUAUUAUAAGGAUACUAUAUUUCUUCCUCAUAUUGUUUGUUAACCUUUUGUGUUAUUUACUUUAAAAUGUACAGUAUACAGUAUAUCCCAUGUGACUUAAUCUCAAAUAUCAUUUCAUGAGAGUCUGAGUGGAAGAACUGUGUAAUAAAA